UUCAGACGUCACAAGUUUGUUUAAAAAUAAAUAAUAUUUGUUUAUAUUUUUUAUUUAUAAUCAAAGAGAGUGAAAGUGAUGUGUUUUUGAACGGUUUUGGUUUUUUUCUUUGUAACUUUGUCUCACGCCGGCGGUCGUUAAGAAAAACCGCGUCUCAACAAAUUGCGGGAACCGACAAGUUUCUACCACUUUACCAUACAUUAUUACAUCAGUACGAAGAUAAACUUAACUGAUAGAUAAAUAUUGAAACACAACAGAAGAAAGCUGUGCUGCUAUUUCAAGAGGAUUUAAUACUUCGUGAAGAUAUACACAAAUAUAUAUUAAAAAACAUAACCUAGAAAUACUUAAAAGAAUAUGGUUGGGAAGGAACCAAUAAGAAAUUAAUAAGAAAGAUAUUGCAGAAAGAAGACCUUUGCUUAAAUAUAAGAAAUAACAGCGAAAAGAAAACCAGGACUAAUUAGAUGAUCUAAUGUAGCAAUUAAUAAUAAAAGACAAUUAGAUUAAAGCCGAAAAAAACGCAGUGAGAGAUUUAAAAAACAAUGGAGUUUAAAACAAAGAUUGUUACAUCAUUCAAUUAAAUUUGGACGCACAUGGGAGUUACAUAACUGUUAUAAAACAAACAAUGAAAUACAGAUGAAGACUAAUCGAUUUACUACGGAGAGAUAUGAAUCGAAAUUUUACAUGAACAGUGACCACAAAAGUAAAAGCGAAUUCACAGCUAUUAUUUAAUAGUGAUAUAACAUACAUAAAUAAUAGCUUUCUGCGUAAUUGGUGAAGUAAAGAUCGUAUCGGAUGAUAUCCCAUGAUGUUAGUAUUAUGUUCGCGUAAAGGUCAGAUGGUCACAUGGUAUUCAACAUGACGCGGCGAAAAAGUGUGUGUUCAAAGUGGACUUUAGUUUUAGUUUUAUUUGUGUGUCCGUUAGUUUACUCGCGACCUCAAGAAUCUGUACCGACUGAAUUAAGUUCCGAAGAAAAAACUACAGGUUCACCUCUAAGACAAGCUGAGCCAGAAACAUCAGAAGAGUCUUCAAAAGUCGUGGAGCUUCCUGCCGUUGUUCCAGACGCUAUCAGCACUUCGAGAAACGUUAAGACUAAAUCUCCACCAAUAGGCGACUCCAUCACGAAAGUGGCCAAUCAGCUAUUAGAUAAACCAACAAAUGAUUCGUCUGAUGCAGCAGUUCCCGACACAAGAGUUCCACCUAAAAUAAAAACACAAUUCAUUCAAAAGCAAAAGAUUAGAACAAGAAAUGAAGAUGGGGAACAAAACGAAUAUUCUCAUGCUGGUGUUGCAGUCCCUGUCACUAUGGAAGAGCUUGAAAAUGAAAAUAAAGUGCCUGCAGUUGAAUCAUCGACAUCCAAUGAAGGUAUUUCAACCUGGAUCUUAUUGAGUAAUCCACCAAAUAAGGAUAAUUCCACAACUGAACCUACCAAAAUUGAAGAUAAUAAGAAGCCGAAGCCUACCAAAAACAAAACUAAGAGACCACAAACAAAACCAUCAUUACCUAAAAGACCUAUUGUUGGAAGCACAAAUAAGUCAGAUUUAGUUGCAAGUGGAUCAGCUAUAAAUGAAAAUGUAUACAAUAAGAUUAAAGACACAGUGAUGACAAACGUGCAGAAAAAUAAAAGCAGUCCACCUCGAACCACAACCACAACAACAACUCCGAUUCCUUCAACUGAAACAACUGUUAAGAAAGAAGUAACUAAAGAACCAAGCGUGGUUAUCCCAGUUAUCAAAGUAACUUCUAAACCUGGCAAAAAGAAGGAAAAAAUCAAGCAUAAAACUAGUACUACGUUAUCUAUUCCAAAUGAAUCAGCAAUGCUACCCAUGGAACCAAAAGAACAAGAAAUUGAAUUGGAAGUUAGUACACCAGCGACUACUACGAAGAAGCCUAAACGAACUUCAGUGAAGAAGAAGACUAAAACAAAGAAACGCAAAACCUCUAAGCCUAAGCCCACUGCUGCAACGGCUGUGACAGCUGAACUUAAAACUGCAAAUAAAACGAAAUCUACAAAAACGAGUAAGAAGCCGACUACUGCUACAGGACCCUUCACAAGCCAAAUUUACAGUUACUUCUCAAGGGAAGUAAUGCCUUCUGUUGGUGUUGGAGUUAUUGGUUUAGCUGGACUAGUAGGACUUGCUAGCUAUUUCUUAUAUCCAUUCGCAACUCCCGUACGAAGAACCUUUGAAGUUGACAAAAAAGACGACAUUUACAGGAAUAACGCCGAAGAGUACGCUAACGAAGGCAAUGGUCAACCUGAAGAAGAAAUGUUAUCAACUGUAAUAGCUGGUAUGCCUGCGCAUGCAAAACAUAAGUUAAAUCCAUAUGCCGCACAAACCGCUUACACAAGCAGGUAUCCAGUUAAAAAAGAACAACAAGAUAUUCGAUACAGACACGUCGCACCAAAGUAUGAACCUAAUUACAAUGCCCACUAUCCUCAACAAAAAACAGGCAUUGCACAUGGCGCCGUUUAUAAUGAACCUCUGAAUUACCACCAACGUCCUCAGUAUGACACAAGACACGCUUAUACAACGCCUCAAUAUGAAACAAGGCACGCUUAUACUACAUCAUAUCCCGCCGUUGAGCCUAUAUAUGCUGCGCCACAGACAGGACCAUCAGAUAUAUCUUCAUAUGGAAGCGAUACCUCUGGAUCUGUUGUGUACGGUGUAAAACCAGCGGCUGAUACUGAUUUCAAACCAGUCUAUCCGUACGAUAAUCAAUUCUAUAGCGAAACUACAAGUAGUGCUGUAACACAUUCGCCAACAUCAAUGUAUCUUGGUUCAAACAAUGAGGCAGAGGAAUCCAAUAAUAAUCAAUACGCAGAUGAAACCGAAGAAGACGCAGAAAAUGGUGAUAACAAAUUUGUAGUGGGAAACGUGCCUAAAGAAUUAUCCGAUUCCGCAACACCAGCCGUUGUUCCUGAGCAUGGCCCAAGAAAGUUAAAUAGAAAGCGAAGAGGUAUUGCCAUUGAGGAAGUUUUGGAAGAAGCAAAGGAAAAGGAAAAGGAUGCUUUUCUAAGCAAUGAAAUUGAUGAUUCUCUCAACAUGAUCCCAAUGAAUCUGCCAUCAUUACAAUACGUACCAAAAGAAGAACAAAUCAAAGAAAAGGUAGUACCAAUUUACGCUGUUUCAGUAGAUCCAAAAGAAACAGAAGCAGAUACGACUACAAUGAGAAAUGACAUUGUAGAAAGCGUUUCAACAAUGCCUGUAGAUGAUGCAAAAAAUGACAAAUUCAGAAUAUAUGAAGUAUAUUCAACAGAUAAAAGUGCUGCUUUAACGAACGAAGUUUCCAAUGUCGAAACCGAGAGUACAUUUAACACAGAAACAACUACUGAAUUUAAAUCUGACGCAUCAACACGUACACCGUCAAAAUCACAAACUACAACCGCACGACCAACUCUCUUCCCAGAAAUAUUAACAUACCCUCCUCCUUCCAAUGGUUCCGGGUUCUUUGACUUUUUACAACGUCUCGUAGAUUUUAAAUAUAGGCUAGGAUUACAUAUUCUUCAAAAUACUUCCGAUUCCUUGAAUAGAUAUUUGCGAAGUAUGGAAGAAACACUACAGAGAGCAACUAAAAAAUCCCACUAGACUAAUUAACUGUACCUAUGGAACUGCAUUUAAAUUAGGUCGUAAUUUUAUCUAAUUCAAUUAGAUCUUCUAUAGUGUGUAAGGUUUUGGAGAGGAAACCCGCCUUUUACGAAAUUUACCUUAAAAUAAAACAUGCUUUUUUUGGCAUUGUUGUCUGUUUAUCAAUUUUGGAAGAUAUCUUAUGCAAGAAAUAGACUAUCAACGAACUUUAAAUAGUAUGUAUGUAUAGACGAUUUUUUUACUGCUAUCAAAAUUAAAAAAAAAAACCGUACUUCACAAUAUCAUUUUUCUUGUGAUAUGUUAUGUUAUUUCUGUAUGUCUUGACUCUUGCGUAGUUCUAAGAAAAUUUUGCGCAUCUUCAUGUUAUGUUUUCGUAUAUUGAUAUAUUUUCAGGAUGUUAUCCUCGAUUCAAGAUUGAGGGAAAUCUGCUGAUUAUAUAUGUAAUGUUUUAUACAUUUAAUGUUUCUCGAACUGAUUUUCUAUAUAACUAUUUUUAUAGAUUUAUAAUAAGAGGUCUAAUUAUGUACCUAUGUAUAUUAUAUUAUGGUAACCGUGUGUUAUCAAUAUCUCAUUAAUUAUAAUAUUUGUAAUAUUUAUACUUUCAUCAAUUAUUAGAAAAGUAUGAUAUUUUGUGUAAAUAUUGAAAUAUAUUUUUAUUAAAGUA